AUGACGGCUUCUACUUCAACUCACUUAACAAUCGCUGAUAAAGUAUCAGAUUCAAAUAAGUGCCCUCUAAAAAUUUCUCUAAUAGGAGUUUCCCAAGGAAUGCCAGUUGAAAUUAAAGAUACUGACAAUUCUGUCUUAGAAACGCUUAUAUCUAAUUAUCUUUUGUAUAUUCAUCAAAAUGUUACCAAAAAUUUGGAAGAUAGUUUUAAAGAAAGCACACAUUCAUUAAAAUGCAAAAGAUCAGAAGAAAACAUCAAAACAGAAAAUGUGAUACUUACUAACGCUACUAAUAAUUCUAUUCAAACAGAUAAAGAACCCGAAACUGAUAUGACUGAAAAAAGGUCUGAUGAAGAUAACGAAUGCCCAACACGAAAUACACACAAUUCUAAAAAAAUAAAUAAUUCAAUUGUGAAUUCUAAUGAAUAA